GGAGGGAGAGGAGGAGAGGGCUUUGGUAAAUAAUACGUGGCGUCUGAGGCUGGAGCCGCUCAGAGUGGAGAUGGGCACCGAGCGAGAGAUCUGCAGCUAACCCGGCUGCAUUUGCUCACCCGGCCUGGAAGGAGGAGGAGGAGGAGAAGGAGGAGGAGGAGAAAGAGGAAGAGGCGGCGGAGGAUUAGGAUCAGGGGAGAAAGAUGAGUGCUUAUGCAGACAUCUCUGCAUCCAAGCAGGGGCCACAGGGGACCCCAGAGAGUGGUUACCAGCGUUAUGGUGUUCGGUCUUACUUGCAUCAGUUUUAUGAGGACUGCACAGCAUCCAUCUGGGAGUAUGAGGAUGAUUUUCAGAUCCAGAGGUCACCCAACAGGUGGAGCUCGGCAUUCUGGAAGGUCGGACUCAUCUCAGGAACAGUGUUUAUGUUCACCGGGAUCAUAGUUCUUGUAGCUGGUUUCCUAGUGUCCCCUAAAAUCGAAGCCCUCGGAGUAGAAGAUUUUGUGGUGGUGGAUACACGUGCUGUUCAGUUUAAUAGAGCCCUCGAGGUAUGCAAGUUGGCAGGAGCAGUAUUAUUUUGCAUUGGCGGAACCAUGACAGCAGCCUGCUUGCUCAUGUCCGCAUUCGCGAAAAGCUACUCCAAAGAAGAAAAGUAUCUGCAGCAAAAAUUUAAAGAGAGAAUAGCUGACAUAAAAGCCCAUGCACACCCAGUCACAAAAGCCCCAGCACCAGGAGAAUCCAAAAUACCUGUUACACUGUCCAAAAUACAAAAUGUCCAGCCGUUAUCUGAAACCUGAUGUUUUCUGCCAUCUUGUGAAUUUUGUCACGUUUGGCUUUAACUAGCAAACAAGUCUGUGUUUGCAGUGCAGUAUCAGUAGAGAAAGAAGCCGAUUGGGGAUGAAAUCUGAUGAGAGCAUAGAAACGACAAGAAGGUGAAGGUUCAGACAUUAGUGGUUUGCAUAGAGCAUUCCAGUAUCAGGUGUGUGCGUGUGCGUGUGUAUGUUUAAAAGUCCAUUGAUCUCUUUUGAACCACAAGACUUUGCAAAACACAGUGCAAAUCUCCCCACACCCUGCUUUAGUGUCAAACAUUAGCCAAAUUCACUAGUUACAGUAAUCAGAAUUCUAUUUCCAAUUAUUGUGAAUGAGUCAGAUUGGUUUUGUAUGCUGCUUGAUCACUCCUGUUUGGCUUGUCCUUUGAUUGGUAAAGAAAUAUACAAACAGUACCUCUCUGGGAGGUAUGAUGCAAAAUGUAUAUCUUCCCCUGAAAAAGCAGAGUCAUAAACCAUACCUAGUUCUUUGCUUACACAUUUGGCUUAUUAGGAGAGAGGCAAACCAGGAUCUUUGAUUCAUAUGCCGUUAUAAAUGAACCACAAAUUGAAGCCAUGUGGCUUGUUUUUCCAGUCAUAUUUGCAGUGAGAAUCAUUGGUUACCAGCAUGCAGCUUAUAAAUGAAAGUUGGAGUAUUGAUGGAGCUCUGGAUUAGAAUUAUAUGUAAACCAGGGCACUUUAUUAUUUCCAGAUCAGUGACAUAUUUAUAUGAUUUUACUGUACACAAUAUGAUUCAUGCUCUGAUACCAAUCCAUAAUUGUAUUGGUAGCCAAACUCUACAAAGGGAUGCGAGUAGCAAUUUACAUCUUUGAAACUUCCACUUCACCUGUUUGUCCUGCCAGUAAGGAAGGCUCCAUUGUGAACUAAAAAAGCCAGUGUCAAGUUCAUCAACAAAAGCAAGUGUGGUGGAAAAUAAAAUAGGCCACAAGCUGAACAAGAUUUUCCUUCAUAAAACGUUAUUCGAUUAUAACCAGUGCUUUCUUGUUGCUGUCUGGUUUAGUUAAAUAUAAAUGAUAGAUCACCAAUUUAGUCAUGUUAUGAGUUUUCUCCAGCUGUUCUUGUCAUCACAUAAAGGAGGAGAGCGAGGGAACACAUACAAAACUUCCUUUGGAUUUUAAGUAACAAAAUUCCAUACAUUCCUAUCGCACCCUGAGCAGAUUAUUCCCAUAAUAACCACUAAAUGGUCUUCUCUGUAUUAGGCUGUAAUGAAAAAUGACCUGUUGUGAGCUCCACGCUUAAUCUCUUGGCCCACACAACCUUAUUUUCCAUUUUACUUCUGAGGUUGUUGUUUUGUUUUUUAAAAUAGUGAGCUAUUUUAAAAGUGCCACUUUAUUAUGGUGGUGAUUUUUUUGGGAAGGAAAUUAAAACCGGAUCAACUCUGCUGCAGUUCCAAUCACAAAUUCUUAUUAGGAAAAAUGCAAUGGAUUUUGUUUAGUCACAAAGGGGCAUGUUUGCAUUAGUAAAGAUAAGGACCCUGCCCUGUGCCACAUGUGUACUGUGAUGUGUAUACAGACCUGAUUGAAGUGUACAUAGCACUCCUAGGCUCAGAUAAGCAGCUGUUCAGUACAAAGCCAUUAUGGGUGCAAAUGUACACAGAAAGAAAUGCACAUACAGAUCUCCUCCUUCAUUGAAGAGGUGAAACCCUCAUCAUCUACCACAAAUUUCUGGAUUGGGAAUCAUUUAUAUCAGAAUGUGGUCAAAUAGUGUGGCCAAUCCACAAGGCAGCAAACAUUAUCUCCCUCCUGUUGUGUUGAGUACAAACUACUUUUGCACUUUGAGCUCAGUUUACAGCAAUUUAAGUAAGCCAAAGAUGAUGGGAAAAGUGGGAACGAGAGAGAGAAGCUUGGACAUUUAAAACCUAUUUAAGAAAGUGGGAUGGCAGAAGAUUAAAUGGAUGUUCCUUGCUGAAUCGGGUCAGUUGAAGAGCAUAAGACUGAACAUAAGGUACAUACUAUUCUGCCCUCCAAGACAGAGGAAGUCUAGGGCAUUGCCACCAGCAUCUGCUACCUGAGGUAGCUUCCUCAGUCUGCCUGAUGAUAGAGCUGGCCCUGCAUAUUCCUACAAGGCAUCUCUCUCCUAAUUCUUGCCCCAUUGACUGUAAUAGGUCUAUUACAGGAAAAGUCACUGUUAGACCAUAUCUAUUUUUAAACAUAAAAUAUUCUUCCUUAAACUCAGCUGCCUGACCUUAAAAGAAAUUAUCAGAUGUUACACUUCUAUUUUUCUAGAUAAUAGAGAAAGCUUAUCCUUAACCAGAGUAUAGCUAUGUAAAUGCUUAUCUACAAAUUUGUUCUUUCAAUAAAAGUAUAAGUUGUCUUUGUCUCAAAAAGACACAAUUAACCUUAAACCUUUAGCCUAUGACUCUAAAACAAAAUUGUAAAAAAAAUGAAAUGUGAACUUUGUAUUCUUUGACAACGUGCGCCCAAUGUCUGUCUCUCUCUUUUUUUUAGUGGCUUCAAUAAAAUUAUUAAGAUCUGG